AUGGAAAUUCGUCAAUCAAACUGUCACCAGUCACCAGUUCUCUUGCCUAAAGAUGAAGAAUCGGUGGUGGAGAGCUGUAGCACCCAAAAUUUGUCCAUUUAGGGCUCAUCAAAAUACCACUAUCAUAUCACCCUUUUCCCCCUUUUGCUUCUUAAUCUUUAUAAAGAUGAUAUUUUUUUUGAUGGGUUAAAAAGAUUUUUAAGUAUUAUUGUUGUUUUUUGAUGGGUUUGGGUUGCAAAUUGAAUAUGAUCAGAUGGGUUCUUCCUUCACUUCGCUCUCCUUUCACUACCAAUUCUUCUCCUCCUUGCUGUUCGACUUCUUUUCGCGGUAAAGAGCUUGAUUUUGGCUCAGCAAGGCUGUCCCUCUUGACUAUUGGCUUUGAUGAGAGUGAAAUGCUGCAUAAAGACACAUUAAGACCAAAUGCAAGCUCACCUUCAGCUCCACAAAUCCUUGAGAAUGACUACUCAAACUUGGAGAUGACUAUCAGUAAAUCAUCCUGCAAAAGUUUGCAUAAUAUGAUCAAUGAUACUCAAGUAAUAUUUGACAGAGACACCUCUGUGUAUGUUCGAAGUGUACAAGCGUGUAAUGCUUCACAUUUUCAUCUACUAAUGGAAAAUAUUAAUGUACUUGAGGAUAAAGUCUCUGAUUCGGAGCUAAUGAAGCUCGAAAGAGAUAUUUUAGUCCAGUUAGGAAGGCUGGGAGCGCUGCAGCUGUUUCAUGCAUGUUUAUCUAGGACCAUGGAUAUGUCAAACUUACAAGAUCAGGUCACUGAACAUAGCCGAGUGGCUGAUAGAAAAUACAAUGAUUUGACAAAAAAUGUGGUCUUGUCAAAGAGAAAGGAAGAAAGAAAAUUAAGACAAGAGAAGAGGUUACAAGCCACCAGCAAAAGAUGUGCUUGUAGAUCAGAAAGCUCCAGUGAAAGUUCCAUGCAUCAUGUAGUUUCUUCUGCGGCAAAGAAGACAAGGGCAAGGGGGAGAAGAGCAAUGAUUGCCAAAAAUGAAGCAGAAAUGUCAAGGGGAAUUAAGGUAGUUGCACAACUAGAAAAGGUAAAAGCAACCUUGGAAAAGGAUUGUGGGAGGGCAGUGACUCUAAGUUGCUGGGCCGAAGCAGCUGGUAUUGAUGAAAAGGAGUUGCAGCAUGAUUUGCACUUUGGUUGGUAUUGCAGGGACGAACUCCUUAAAAGUGGCCGGUCCUUGGUGGUGUACCUUGCAAGAUAUUAUCGAGGACUAGGAGUGGCAUAUGAAGACUUAAUUCAGGCGGGGAACAUAGGAAUAUUGCAAGGUGCUGAAAGGUUUGACCACACAAGGGGAUAUAAAUUCUCUACAUAUGUUCAGUACUGGAUCAGAAAAGCAAUGUCUCAAUUGGUAUCUCGACAUGGAAGAGGGAUAAAAGUUCCUCUGACAUUGAGCACUACAAUAAACCGCGUACAAAAGGCUCGAAAGAUGCUUAAAAGAAGUCGUGGAAAACACCCAGAUGAUGUUGAAGUUUCAAAAUCCACAGGUCUUUCUUUGGAUAAAAUAAAAUCUGCCAAUAAUUGCUUGAGGAUCGUGGGCUCACUUGAUCAGAAAAUUGGAGAGUACAUUAAUGUUAAAUAUCUGGAAUGCACUCCGGAUACUUCACUAGAGGUGCCGGAAAAAAUUAUAAUGAAGCAGCAUAUGAAGAGUGACAUCCAUAAGCUCCUACAAGGCCUCGAUCCUAAAGAGAGACGGGUUUUGUCUCUAAGGUAUGGUUUGGAAGGGCAUAGUAUGUCACUUCAUGAAGUUGGAAAGAUUUUUGAUGUAAGCAAAGAAUGGAUCAGAAAAAUGGAGAAGAGGGCUCUCACCAAACUAAAGAGCGAAGAGAAUCGAACAAGUUUAAGGCAUUAUAUGAAUCUGUAUUAGAAAUGGAACUUGCACAAAUCAGUUGCUUUUGUAGUUUUUCAUCUCUUGUAUCUUGUAUUAUACAAAAUUCCUUUGUAUAGAAGCCUCUAGAUUAUAUAUUGUAUUACUUAAUAUCCUUCAGUUGGUUAUAAUAUAAGAAUAUACUUCA